GUCACAGAGCUCAAUAAUGUGAAGAACAUAUCAAGACUGCCAAAAAGCACAAAGAAACAUGCUGUUGGGAUUUAUUUCAGUGAUGACACCUCCAAAACCUUUGCUUGUGACUCAGAACUUGAGGCAGAUGAGUGGUGCAAAGUGCUGCAGAUGGAGUGUCUUGGAACACGAAUCAAUGACAUUAGCCUUGGAGAACCUGACUUGUUGGCAUCUGGAGUAGAGAGGGAGCAGAGUGAGAGAUUCAAUGUGUAUUUGAUGCCAUCCCCUAAUUUAGAUGUGCAUGGGGAAUGUACCUUGCAGAUAACAUUUGAGAAUAUCUGUCUUUGGGACAUCCAGAAUCCCAGAGUCAAACUGGUCUCUUGGCCGCUGAGUGCCCUGCGGCGCUACGGGCGCGACCCAGCCUGGUUCACCUUUGAAGCAGGGAGGAUGUGUGACACAGGAGAAGGACUAUUCAUCUUUCAGACCAGAGAUGGGGAAGCAAUCUAUCAGAAGGUUCACUCAGCUGCUUUGGCCAUAGCAGAACAACACGAGCGUUUGCUGCAGAGUGUGAAGAAUUCCAUGCUGCUUGAGUUAGGACUCCCCUCAGGGGAAGCAGUGCUUGCCCAGGACCAGGGCAGCACCAAG